UCCUUUGGGGGCAAGGUUCUCCAUUUCAGGGCAUCUGUGGGUUUAAGGUGUUUAGAUCUUAUAAAGGAUCCCUGCCCCAAAUCUCAUAAAAGUAUUAGAACUUUUGGGGAAGUAUUUUUAUAACCUUUGGGUAGAGACGAGAUGCGUUAAGGAGACAAGAAACACCACACCGGGAGUAUUGACACAUUUGAGGACACCAAGGUCAAGAAGAUAAACUCGACAUGAUUGAAACUAUAAAUGCAGUUAGUAACAACAAUGGAUGACAUUUAUUAGGCAUUAACAUAAAGCUAGUCACUGCCUUUUUUAUAUGCUUGACUUCAUUGAAUCUUCUCCAUAACCUUCUACAGGAAGCACAAUGCUAUCUCAUUAUAUAGUUGAUUCGAGGGGCACAGAAGAGUUAAGGAAUUUGCCCAAGGUCACACAGCUAAGCAGUCAUUGGGUCAGGAUGUGAGCCCAGAAUUUGCAUUUUAAAUCCUUAAACGUAAAGGCCUGGGAGAAAUUGUUUGCAAUUCCCACAAGGGCCCAAGAGAGAAAUGGGCAGAAGGUGUGAGCACAGGAACUGACAUAAGGACAAUGCAGAUUAAAACAUCAGCGAGACACCGUCUGUGCCUCAACCAUUAAGAGGAACAAAGUGACUGAUCAUAUCAAGGGAGCUGAGAUACGCGCUUCUGCACGAGUGUAAACGGAUACAGCCUUUUUGGAGGCCUAUUUUGGAGGUAGCUAUUAAAAUUCUAAAUGUCCCUGGCACCAAAGACCAUUCUCUGUGGAGUAUUAGGACGAACCAUUUUAAAUUGCCUUAUUUUUUGUAGGUCAAAACUGGCCUAAUUUCUGCAACCGCGCACGGCUCCACCCAAUACCAGAGCGGGUGGGGCGGAGUGGGCGGGGCUGGGACGAGUCUGGACGCUCAUUAGGCUCAGGCAAUGUCGAUCAUGAGCGCUCAGCGAAUGCGGACCCAGGCAUGGGGCGGGGCCUCGGGCGGAGGCGGGUCCGGACGCCUCGCUCACCUGCGGCCGCGGACACGCCCCCCCCUCGGAGGGUGGAGACGGUUUCAGUCUUCAUAGGUUGCCUGCUGCUGUCUGCACCUGUGUUUGGCUACCUGGGCGACCGACACAGCCGCAAAGCUACGCUGAGCAUUGGGAUCCUGCUCUGGUCAGGGGCGGGCCUCUCCAGCUCCUUCAUUUCCCCCCAGUAUUCCUGGCUGUUCUUCCUGUCCCGGGGAGUCGUGGGCACCGGCUCAGCCAGCUACUCCACCAUCGCACCCACCAUUCUGGGCGACCUCUUUGUGAGGGACCAGCGGACCCGGGUGCUGGCCAUCUUCUACAUCUUUAUCCCUGUCGGAAGUGGUCUGGGCUACAUGCUGGGCUCGGCCGUGUUGCAGCUGACCGGGAACUGGCACUGGGCCCUCCGAGUCAUGCCCUGCCUGGAAGCUGUAGCCUUGGUCCUGCUUAUCGUGCUGGUUCCAGACCCUCCCCGGGGAGCUGCUGAGAAGCAGGAGGAGGUGGCCAUGGGGGGCCCGAGGAGCAGCUGGUGGGAGGACGUCAGAUACCUGGGGAGAAACUGGAGCUUUGUGUGGUCCACCCUUGGGGUGACUGCCAUCGCCUUUGUGACUGGAGCUCUGGGCUUCUGGGCCCCCAAAUUUCUGUUCGAGGCCCGUGUGGUGCAUGGACUGCAGCGUCCUUGCCUCCAGGAGCCGUGCAACAGCCAGGACAGCCUGAUUUUUGGGGCGCUGACUGUCGUGACUGGCAUCAUUGGAGUUGUCCUGGGAGCAGAGGCUUCCAGGAGGUACAAGAAAGUCAACCCUCGGGCCGAGCCCCUCCUCUGCGCCGGCAGCCUUCUGGUCGCAGCCCCCUGCCUCUACCUGGCUCUCAUCCUGGCCCCGACCACGUUCCUGGCCUCCUAUGUAAGUGCUCCUGGCCCUCGGGGAGCUGCUUCUGUCCUGCAACUGGGCGGUGGUUGCCGACAUCCUGCUGUCCGUGGUGGUGCCCAGGUGCCGGGGGACAGCAGAGGCUUUGCAGAUCACAGUGGGCCACAUCCUGGGGGAUGCCAGCAGCCCUUACCUUACUGGACUGGUGUCCAGCACCCUGAGGGCUGGGCGCCCAGACUCCUACCUGCAGGCCUUCCUCAGCCUCCAGCAGAGUUUCCUGUGCUGUGCAUUUGUCAUUGCCCUGGGCGGGGGCUGCUUCCUGCUGACGGCGCUGUGCCUGGAGUGGGACCAGGCCCGGGCCCGGGCGCCUGGCACAGGGACCCCGGACGGCGAGGACACGGAGAGGCGAGCCCUGCUUUCUGGCGCGGGCGCCGCCACAGAGGACCCCUGAGGCCCCCGCCCUCCUGCCCGCCUCCCUGCACCCCUCCCUCUGGCCGCCGCAGCAUCAGGGCCCUGUUCCCCUCUGGCUGUGGCUCAGGGCCCCCAGCCGAGCUGCACCUGUCGUUUCUUCCCUCCCAGCCAGAGAGCUGGCAGGGCCUGUGGCGGGAAUUGAGCUGUCAGCGCCUUCGGCGGGAGGCCUGGGCCUGCGCCCACCCAGCCCCGGAUCCUCAGCCCGGUUGGUUGCCUGUGGGCCCCGAGUAAAAGUGGAUUUCAGGACUUU